GAGGGGGCGAAAGGAGCGGGAGGGAGGGGAGCGGGGUGCGCGAGGUGUUCCCGCGCUUGGGUCGGGCGGCCGUUGGUGCUGAGGUGAUGAGAAAUGAGGAGAAAUGAGGAGCGGAGCGGCCCCUGCCACCCAGCCGAAGGGCCAGGGGGCAAGAACCGAGGUGGUGCUGGCAGCCUGAGCCUGGCUGAAGGCUCGUAAAGUGGUUUCCCUCGCUCUCGGGAACCUUGCUGCACAAAUGGCAGGCUGCUCUCUGCUAACAUAAAGCCGUCGGACAGAGGUUGCCCAUCUGAUGCAAACUGCAAUAUUGAAUGUUUCUUCCCUAUGGUUCACCUGCCUGCCGAAGACUAUUUCUUUGUGUGACUGCAUUGAGUCAGGGCUGUUCCACUGCAUUUGUAUCUGCUAUAACUGGAAGCAUUCAGAGACAUUUUAAAGGAUUGAUCUAGGCUGAGAACAGAAGUGGGAGACAGGAAUGCCUGAAUUCAAGAAGCGUAAUUGCAGUAGUUUUGCUGCAUGGCCUGAGGCUACUGCUUGAGCUCUUACCUCAUUUUCCUCAUUUGCAACACUGCUCAUAGGAUGGUUUGGUGAUUAAUUUAUGCUGCUGAAGUUAAUUAUUUGGUAUUUUGCCAGCCCGGAGACACGCUCUCAUGUGCUUGAGAUGUUUGUCUGCCUUUACCGUGCUACUUUCCGCACUUCCUGCACCGUCAGCAAGUUCCUUCAUGCUCCAAAGGCCCAAAGAUACACAAGGCUUCCAGAAUCGAAUAGUCACUUGUGGCUUCCCUGGAUUUCACCCUGACUUGCUGCCUGCUCACCAAAGCACCGAGUGCUCUCCGCUGUCUCUCUGUGAUUUCCUGGCUAAAGGAGAUCUGGAAUGUAAAAGUGUAUUCAUCGCCAGAGGUUUUACCAGAUUCCAGGACUUCAACGAAGCAGCUGAGGCCAAUUUGUCUCUAAUUGCCAGAGCACAUUAAAGGAGCGAACAGAUGAUUGCAGGUGACUAAGUUGAGCACAAGCCCUGAGCUGGAAAACUCCUGUAAACUGGGGCAACAAGUUUCCAGCAAGCUUCGGAUCACAGGGAAAGCAAACACCCGGAUCCCUGCAAUAUAAGCCACACAGUCCGCAGCACAAUGGAGCCGGCUCUGCGAUAGCACGGUGCGAUACGAGCACCACAAGUCAAGUCAUUACAGUGCUUCAUGCCAUGGGUAUAAUUGCCGGCGAUCCACUCCCCGCGUUGUUGCUCCCUCGAUGGCGUGAUCACCAAAGCCUUUUCCACCCCGGGCCAACGCCGCUCCCUCCCUCUGCCCUCCAAGGGUGCCGGAAGCAACUGUAGCACAACCCAAGCGAAGCAAACUCCGGAUCUCCUGCACCGCGAAGUUUGUGCCCGUUGCCUCUUGUCCUGUUGCUGGAUUGCCCGCAAGAGGAGCCUGGUUCCGUCUUUACGCUCCAUCAGUAACGGCCCCUCCAGCUGAAGAUGUCGAACAAUGGAGUUGAAACAGAAGACAAACCGCCUGCUCCUCCGAUGAGAAAUACCAGCACUAUGAUUGGAUCGGGAAGCAAAGAUGCUGCAACUUUAAACCAUGGCUCAAAACCUUUGCCUCCCAACCCAGAAGAAAAGAAAAAGAAGGACCGAUAUUUCCGAUCUAUUUUACCAGGAGAUAAAACCAAUAAAAAAAAAGAGAAGGAGCGGCCGGAGAUCUCCCUCCCUUCAGACUUUGAACACACGAUUCAUGUGGGGUUUGAUGCAGUCACGGGAGAAUUCACAGGAAUGCCGGAGCAAUGGGCGCGGUUGCUGCAGACUUCCAACAUCACCAAAUCGGAGCAGAAGAAGAAUCCCCAGGCAGUGCUGGACGUGUUGGAGUUUUACAACUCGAAAAAGAUCUCAAACAGCCAGAAGUACAUGAGUUUCACAGAUAAAUCAACAGAGGAUUACAAUUCAUCAAAUACAUUGAAUGUGAAGGCUGUCUCCGAGACCCCCGCCGUGCCCUCAGUCUCUGAAGACGAAGAUGAUGAAGACGACGCAGCUCCACCCCCUGUGAUUGCUCCGCGACCCGAACACACCAAAUCUAUAUACACCCGCUCCGUGAUAGACCCCCUUCCUCCUCCGACCAGAGACGCGGCGACCUCUCCUAUUUCUUCUCCCUCGGAAAACAGCACAACAGCACCUGACUUAUUGGCCAGGAAUGCGGAGAAACAAAAGAAAAAGCCAAAAAUGUCGGAUGAAGAGAUCUUGGAAAAAUUAAGAAGCAUUGUGAGCGUGGGCGAUCCAAAAAAGAAGUACACGUGUUUCGAGAAGAUUGGGCAAGGAGCCUCAGGCACAGUUUACACAGCGAUGGAUGUAGCUACGGGACAGGAGGUUGCAAUCAAACAGAUGAAUUUGCAGCAGCAGCCCAAAAAAGAACUGAUUAUUAAUGAAAUCCUUGUGAUGAGGGAAAACAAAAACCCUAACAUUGUCAACUACUUGGACAGUUAUCUUGUAGGAGAAGAGCUCUGGGUGGUCAUGGAAUACUUGGCAGGAGGCUCCCUAACAGAUGUUGUGACAGAGACCUGCAUGGACGAAGGACAAAUCGCCGCUGUGUGCCGAGAGUGUCUCCAAGCUCUGGAAUUCCUCCAUUCAAACCAAGUUAUUCACAGAGACAUCAAGAGUGACAACAUCCUGCUGGGAAUGGAUGGCUCUGUCAAACUAACUGACUUUGGCUUCUGUGCCCAGAUCACUCCUGAGCAGAGCAAACGCAGCACCAUGGUGGGGACCCCGUACUGGAUGGCACCUGAAGUGGUGACGCGGAAAGCAUACGGGCCCAAAGUGGAUAUCUGGUCGCUGGGGAUCAUGGCCAUCGAGAUGAUCGAGGGAGAGCCCCCCUACCUUAAUGAGAACCCGCUGAGAGCCCUGUAUCUCAUUGCUACUAACGGGACUCCAGAACUGCAGAAUCCAGAAAAGCUUUCACCCAUAUUCCGAGACUUCUUAAAUCGCUGUCUUGAAAUGGACGUGGAAAAGAGAGGUUCUGCAAAAGAGCUGCUACAGCACCAGUUCCUGAAAAUUGCAAAGCCGCUCUCCAGUCUUACCCCUCUGAUUAUUGCAGCUAAAGAGGCGGCCAAGAACAACCAUUAGAGUGGUGGAGUCAACACAGCUGUCGUGUCAAGACUUCUCACUGUUCGUUUCAGAGACUGAACUCCCCUUCUGCUCCUUCCUCACAGGGGUAUUCUUAAAACUUUGGUCCACCCUGAGGGGUGGCAGAGGUAUCGAUCACUGAACGUGGAAGGGCACGCAAGAGGGACAUUGCUGAUCUUACGUAGUGAACUGUCUUUCCGUCCUUGUGACGGGAUUGAGAGGGGAAGAGAAGAUCUUUCUGAGAAUGUCUGAACCUGACCUACACGUAGCAACGCCAGUUUGUUUUCAUAUUUCUUACCGCGUUUAUUUUUAAAAAUAAUGUGGAGCCUUAGACCGUGUUUAUCUUAAUAAAUUAAAUCCUUUGCUGGCUGGACUUUUCCUGCUUCUGCCGCGCUGCUGCUACACCCCGAGGCUGCUCUGUGCUUCGGAUGACUCGAGGAGGGAAGGAAACGGGCAGCAGAAAUGUGAACAGCUGGAACAACUGAGAGGGGAACGAGGGCGUGAAUCCUAAAGCACUGCUGGGCGCUUCGAGGGAGCGUGGAGACGGCCCCUGUGUCAAUUCCGCAGCCGCUGGGGAACUUAAUUCAUGGAUGAUCUUUUUGCCAAAUUGUGUGAAUUGGGGGAACCCCACCCCCUUUAGUUUCAACUCAACUAGUUCAAUCUCAAAUACUUCUGGUGUUCUAGAAGGUAAAUCGCAGGAAAAAUUAACAGAGCCCUCUUUUAGGGUUAUUUUAUCAGUGCUGUGAGGCUUCUUAGAGACCCUUGCCCUGUAUGAUAAAGCAAACAGAGCAAUUACUGUUAUAAAGAUAAGAUUUGCCUGCAAAAUGGUGAUGAAAACUCUUGUUUCUUAGAGCAAGUCCAAUGGAAAACAAACCGAUGAUGGAUGCUGCUUUCUUGGAGACACGGGGACGUUAAUUUUUUUAAAUGAUAGUCAUUUCUUUAUGCUACUGAUUCCUUUGGUUGCUAAUAGUCUGUAUAACAACGGGAAACCUGGAACUACUAGAGGGAUUGAGUUGUAAACACUGGGCUUAUGUUCAACUGUAUACUGAUUUUUAAUAAAAUGACUGCUGUGUUUCUUAA